GGCUCUCGAAAGGACCAAGCCAUCAUCCAAGCCUUUCUGAACCAUCGCGGGCUGCACAUGCUCGUCAGCUGCUUGCUCUCUGUCCGAUUGAGCCCAUCGAUCAAGGCGCAAGGAUGGCAGUCCUUAUGCUUGGUGCUGCAGAAUGUGAAGGACAGAGAUGUGUCAAUGCCAACUACUUAUCGAUGCCCACCGGCACACAACAUCAAGGCAUAAGGUGCCGAAGGUCAUUGAAGUAAAAAAAGAAAACAUGUCUCCCUAUGGCAAGUAUUUAAUGAGUGACAUGAAUGAACUACAUGCUUUGGAUUGAGUCUUGGGGCUGCUCUUAACCAGCUCUUCUCCGAGCCAGAUCUCUCCGUCCAGGAGCACCUGCAAUCCUUUGUCUCGGCCCUGAAGACCGUUUGCACGCGCACCAGCGUGGAGAGCCUCCGAAAUUUGAUGACAGGAGAUCGCGACUUGCCGGUGUUUCGCAGGGCCGUGGCUUACGCGGCCUACGAAGAAGCUCUGGUGCGAACGCAGGCGCGCAACGCCCAGCUCUCGCUUUGGCGAACGCUCAAGCAGAACCAGGAGCUACUGUGCAUCGCCUUGGACAUUGCAAGAUCCGAGUUGCCGAUGCUCCUGUGCACCCUGUUGCGGAAGAACUGGCUCAUGAUGGCCCAAGCUUCAAUGCAGCACAACGAAUCACUCUUCCGAGUUGGGGCAGAAUGCGAAGAGGACCUCUGGGACUUUCUGGGUGAACUUCUUUCCUUGAAGCUACCAGAGAUGGCCGAGCUGAUCUCCGGCAUGGUGGUGGGAAGCGUCGUGGCCCACUUGAGCUCAUUGACUUCGAUGAAGGCAACGGCAAACCACUGGGGCAUAGCUUUUCCGAAUGUCGAGGCGAUCUCCUCGGGGCAUCUCCUUGACGUUCUGCCCUCUCCCAGUCCCUUCAGUCGAUCCUGCCAAAGUACUGCAUCUACGGCAUCCUCUUCAGGGGAACCAAGCUGCCUCCUCGUUGAAUUUACAGCUUGUGGAUUGGCAGGUGCUGCACAGGCUGCCGAGCUUUGUGCGGCACCUCCGCCCAUGUCCAAUGACCUCAAUGUGUCCCUGACACUGCGAACAGUGGCCAUUUACGCAAGAACACUUCGCGAGAUAGGUAUUGGUUGCGCACUGAUGCCGAUCAUUGAGCUCCUCCUUUUACCAUCCGUGCCUUCCAAACAGAUCGAUGCAAUGGAACAGCUUGCUGGUGGCUGGGUCACUGAGGACAGUGCAAUUGCGUUCGCUGAGGAGUUUGCUGCCCGGGCAAUGGAAGAUUGGGCUUUGCAACCGCAAAUAGAUGAUGAGCUCUCCGAGGAGGAGAAGAAGACUCUUUUGGAGCAAGCCAAGAAGCACCGUGAUGAGUAUUGGCAGAAGGAGUUGCGCACUGCAGCUGCGAUGACCGGGCGCAACAUGGUGCCCAAUCCCUUUCGGGAGGCCUUCCUGGCCAUGCUGGAUGUCACAGCUGGUAUGUCGGAAUCGCUCACGUUUCGAGCCAAUUGCAACCUGAAGUCUGUCCAGUCGGUGGACGGAAAGACAGCCGCCAGCAUUGCGAUGACCGAGCUUCAACUCACGUAUCCUCAGCUCCUGGAGGAUACGAGGGUGCUGAAGCACGGCACGGUGCCCAUCAUUGAGGAGCCAGAGAAAGCUCCAACGAUUUCAAGUUGGGCAGAAGGACUCGCCUGGUUUCUUCAGGUGGGAGCUAAUGGCUGCACCUGAACACAUCGUUGUGAGGGGUACAUGUGGCCCGUCGUCCCAUAGGUGGACGGUACUCGCUGCGGUGUCACACAGCUGGGCAGGCUGGGGGCGACGUUGAAAUUCCGCCUUCAGCCAAACCCGACGCCGUAGCCGUGCGAAAUGACCAGAUCAUAGCUUUAUCGAAG